UAGAGCACAGUCGACAUACGCCAUCACUCCGCGUUCAUAAGGACCAAUCAAUUGAUCGCCAGCUAUCGAUGUGUAGUUAUUAUUUUAAUGAGUUGGUUUGACAAAAAGAAACGGACCGAUAGACACUAUCUAUGUCGUCCACACGGUUGGCUGGUGGAAUACCUCAGUCUCACUGCGAUCACAGGAUACUGAGGAGGGGAGAGUAACAUCGGUAGUAACUGUUGAUGUAGCGAGCCUACAGUUAGUAGUUGUGAGACAGGCAAGCAGAAGGGGAAUUGAGAAAAGCAAUAGAAUUUUACGGUCGGUAGUGAAAGAGCUAUCAUACGUCACAGAUAUCUUACACCAUUACAUGGUAGUGGCAGCAUUAAGUGUAGAGUAGGAUAUUCUCGACAACAGUGAUAUUAAGACUAUCACAACUACAUAAUCAUACGGAGUUUUCUCAGUUAGUGUGGACGAACUAUGGCAGCGAUGAACCCAUAUGCUUUUCGUGGGUGGCACUUGCCCUCAUAUGCGGACGGGGCUAACUGUGACCGUAACUACCAUAUGUAUGGAUCCUGGCCACACUCGGGGUACUUUCCACCCGGGUCUAUGUACUCCCUACAGACAGACACACCCAAACAGCACGGAAAUGCCGACUGGAAAUUGCAAUCUAUCUGCACCUCAUCGUCGGAAGGUACGUCUCCUCGAGAUCCAUCGUUAAUGAAGUCUGGCUAUGAAAGUUUGAUUUAUAAAGCUUCGAAUAACAGGAAUGAAUGUGAAAAUUCAUGUCGCGAGGACCCUCAAAGGAGUUGUUGUGCAAUUUCAUGCACGUGCAACAGUCAUCAGCGUUUGAACGUGCUAGACAAUACUUGGCGGGGUUCAGAGAUGCCCUCAGCCCUGGACCUUAACAAAGCAUCCUCUGUAACAGCAUACCCCUCGUUUUGCCAAAGAGAAAUGCAACAGAUUCACCUUCCUUCGACAACACUGGCUCCAACUACAGUUACCCUGAGGAAGCGACGGAGACCAUACUCAAAGUUUCAAAUAGCAGAACUCGAAAGAGAAUACAACAACUCCACAUAUAUUUCAAAAUCUAGAAGAUGGGAACUGUCACAGCUCAUAAACUUGUCUGAACGACAGAUCAAAAUAUGGUUCCAGAACAGAAGAAUCAAAGCGAAGAAAGUGCAAAAACGGGAGGACUCUCCUGGAAAACCCCAAGGACCAUGCAUGGGUCAGCAGAUGGCCCAAUGAGUUUAUUCGUUACAUUAAACAACAUUUCAUCGUCAAACAAUGAAAAACAUUUGUCUCUCAGUUGUGACCAAUCGAUGUGAUGUCACGUGACAUAAUCAAACACACGACGUGAGAUGUGACGUAAACUUAGUGCUAACGCGUGACGUCAUGAGGACAUGUCUCAUUUUCGCACAUCAACAUUAUAACGGUCCCACAUUGACAAAGAACUACAAUAAAUAGUGUUCGCAGGAACACUGUCCCCGGACAAUGAUAUUGUCCCCGAUUCAUACGUAUUGGCGUAGCUUGAGAAGCAGAUAUAGAGGGACGAGUUAUCUCGGUCAAGUGGUAGGUGACCACAACAUGACUUGGAAGGCUUCUGUCACGUGGCUGAAAAUGUGUAGAAAGAAACCAGCUUUAAUGAAUGUGACUGGUUGAUGAGUAUAUAUGACGAUUAAAGUAUUGACAAUGUUGUCACGUGUCUUAAACAGUGCUGACGCUGUCGCCGUGCCUGUUGCCAUGGUUUAUAUACUUAGAUAGACAUGUUUCCGCUACAAGUUUUAAUUUGACGGGCAGAUCAUCAUAUCAUGAACCUAGAUCCGGGUGAUUAGACAAACAGGACGCUAGUUUACCUCAAAUGCGCAUGUAUUUGUUUAUCAUGACUCGGUAUUUGAUGACGUCAUUGUGGAGUAUAGUUUGUUGCCCCCGGAACCUCAAUGUUCUGAUUAGGUGUUUCCUGGUAAUGUCCGAUAGCCUGAGUGUCUGUCAUGUAAAUGUAUCGUAUGAUUAUUUUGUUAAUUUCUGUGUACAAUUCGCAGAGAUGAUCGUAUAUUAUUUAGUAUAUAUGUUAGAAGUUCUAGAUUAAGUUGUGUAUAAGGAAUGAGUUAGCGAUUGUUAGCUUUAAACUGACGUAAUAUUUAAAAUAGCGCCCCUCAUAACUCGGACAGAAACGUUAACAUGAAUUUUCAAAUUGAAUAAAUAAUACUGAAUAUGAUAGUCAUAAGACAAGGUCAAUCGAAUGUCAAUUAUUAAAAUUCCUAAUAACAACAGUAAGUGUUUUUAUUCUCUGGAAGUUUAAGCAUUAUUAGUCGUUCUUACUGAUACAAUAUCUUUUGUCACAGGGGAAAUAAUGUUUCCUGUUAUCUCAUUUAUUUAACAUGAAUCUCUUUGUACACAGUUCGGUAGUUUUUUAGUUAACAUCUAAAUGGCAUUACCCUUUAGGCCAAUGUCCAGCGAUAAGCAGUCUUUCGAUAUAACAAGCUAUUUUCUGUCAAAUGACAAUAUCUUUCUGAAGGUCUCUAAUUAAAUUGAUUUAAGACAACAGUGACAUCUAACGCAGAAAUAUACUUUAUCGUACGACACGGCUUACCAGAACUAAUGUAACUCUGUUAACGAUGUCGAUAGAGAAGUAAAACUGGUGUUCAGACACAUCU